CCGCUACCCAUUGGUGAUGGAUCAUGGCCUCCUGGAGGCAACGGAGCUCUAGUCUGAUGGAGGGAGAGCAGAAGCCAUUGUCCCUGGAAGAUUUCCGCCAGUACCACGAGAGUGACAAGCACUGGGAUGCCCGCAAGCAGUUUCUCGACAGGCAUCUGCACCUUUACACUGGCAGCAAACUAGACCAGCUAAUUGCCCUGUCUGUUGUGUGGAGUAAUAUCGUCUUCAUUGGCAAUCGAUAUGGAGAACAACUUACCCAAAAAGUAUUUCAGAUGGGGGAAGGAAUUGACAUUGGCGAGGUACCAUCUUAUGAACUUGUACCUGGUGCAAAGGCAUCUAAAAGACCAAGUACUUCAGAACAUGAUGAACAGCCUCUGAAGAAGAUUGGGCCAAGGUUUGGCUCUCGGCUCCGAUUUGAACCUAUGCGUUUUGUAGCCAGUACCACUGAAGAAGACAGCCCCGUUACUGAAACCAAUAAUGAUUUGGAAAGCCUAGAACAGAUUCCACAUGAUGACAUUCAGGCUUCAAACAGUCUAUCAGAGUCUUACAAUACAUUUGUAAAUGCUCAUAAUAUGUAUGAUAAUGUUACACAUGAGGAUUCAGAAUUCCAGGAUAAUCCUGGUUAUGUUUAUGCACCUGAUGACCAAAACAGAGGUGAGUUGAGUCAUGCUCAUGCGCCUGAUGAACAAAACAGAGGUGAGUGGAGUCAUGCUCAUGCGCCUGAUGAUCAAAACAGAGGUGAGUGGAGAAAAUUUAUGACAAAAAUGGAGCAAGAUUAUUCUGCAAAAUUUGAUUCUCAUUGUUCAGCACAGUCUGAAGAUUUUCGUUCCAAUGUCCUUGACACAUGGACAGGUGUAAACAAACAGGGAAGGAAAGGUAUUGGCUUUAAAAAAACACCUAAAAGCGCAGACGGAUUCCCUUCUAGAGGUGUUGAAAGAGGCGUGGAUAUUAGCUGCAACAGUUUAUCAGGACGUCCAGCUAAUAAUCUAGAUAAACAAGCUUUUAUCAAUAAACUUUCUGCUGUAAUAAUGCGAAAUAUUUCAAACUCUACAAUGAAUACUGACACCAAAAGAAUUAACUACACAUUUUUGUUAUCUCACAGUAUUCAGGAGUGUAAGACAAAUCCAGUAUAUAAUUAUGUACCUUUAAAGGAUAUUCAUCCAACUGAUCUCCCAAAAAACAAAAAGUUUCCUAUUGAUGGCUACGCUUGUGAGGUGCGAUGCCAGGACAUUUACUUGGCCACUGGUUACUCUGGCAGUAAAAAUGGUGCACGUGACCGAGCGGCUGAGAAUGCUAUAAAAGUGUUACAACAACGUCUUGAAGUUGUAACAGUUAACAGGAAGUUUGGACAUACCUAUCGUGAGGAUUUGGUAGUGUGUCCUGUUGAUUCAUCCAUUAUGGAAUUCCCACCUGGACUUAAGCAUCAAGAUGAUUCUCAUGGUAGUGAUGGGACAGGAUCUGCAAGGCAAGUUUCUGAUCCAUUAAAAGGAAGUAUAAUGUCUAAACCCUGGACAGAGUUCAUCCUCACAGAAAAUGCCAGUGAUGCUAUAUGUAUCUUAAAUAACUCUGCUACUUUUAACAAAAUGGUGGUUGACUAUCAGUACGAUAUGAUGCCUAACAAUACAUGGAGGUGUAGAGUAUUUGUGCAGGAUCACUGCAUAUCUGAAGGAUAUGGAAAUAAAAAGAUCAGUAAACAUGCAGCAGCUGAGGCAGCUGUGGAAAUCCUCAAGCAGAUGCAGCCUCAUAUGCAAAAGUCCAGCUUUUCUCAAUACAUUAGUCGUGGUCCAAUAAAAGAAAUGAAUGAUAUUGUUCUUUAUGAAAAUUCGUCCAAUCCGGUAUGUACUUUAAAUGAUACAGCUCAGUUCAACAAAAUAACCAUAGAGUAUGUGUUUGAGAGGAUGAACAGCAUUGAUUGGAAGUGCAAGGUGUUUAUGGAGCAACAGUUUAUAGCUGAAGCAGUUGGAGCAAAGAAAACGGUAAAACAUGAAGCGGCACAGGCGGCUGUGUUAGUUCUAAAGGAAACGCAGCCUGUGAUGGUUAACAACUUGAAGAAAGGUCCUAUAGAAGAUGCUAUUUCAAGACGACAGAUCUGUGGGUUAUCUUCUAAAGAGGCGUAUAAACAGCAGAUAAAAGAAGAUAAUAUUGGGAAUCAGCUUCUACGAAAAAUGGGAUGGACAGGUGGAGGACUGGGAAGGGAGGGGGCAGGAAUUGCAGAGCCAAUUUCUGUAAAGGAGCAGUUUAGUAGAGAAGGUCUUGGUUUAGGUUCGAACAAUGCUAAAAUCAAUAAGAGAGACAUUGAACAGAUUAUCAGGAACUAUGCUGCUUCAUAUAAUCAGGACGACCUUACUUUCGCUAAAGAACUUACUAACGAUGAACGAAAGCAUAUACAUCAAGUAGCUCAAAAAUAUGGCCUCAAGAGCAAAUCUCAUGGCCAGGGCACUGAAAGGUUUUUGGUAGUAAGCAGAAAAAGAAACAAAGAAGAUCUAAUUAAUCAACUUAGAGAAGAAGGGCAGGUUGGAUCGUAUGCGCUUGUCAUGCCUCAACAAAAGUAGCACAUUUCUUAUUGCUCAGCCCACAGAGACAUUUCUUUUAAACAACUGAAAUAUGUAUGUGAUCAACAGUGCAGUUUUAUGUUUAUAUUAUCUUCUAAAUAAAUAUCUUACCGUUUUUCUUGUAAUGUUUUUAUAAAUGUGUUUAUUACCUUGGUCCUCUUAACAUGAACAGUAUAUUUGUCACUCGCUGAAGAAGCCAAUUCACUAAUAAAAGCUCCUGCUUCCAGUGUAA